UUAUAUAACCACUCAUUGAAUUGUGUCCACAGAUAUGAUGUUGACUUCAUCGGUGGUCAAGAAGUUGAUUGUCGGCCAAAACAGUCGCUUAUUAUCACUCAGAGCUGUUUUGGCCGCAAAUGGUGGUCAGCCCGCGAGUGACAGCCGGUUAUCCUUCACUAGAAGUAUCGCAAAUCAGCCAUACAUAGCUACCGGCCCUAAGACUAAUGUCAGGACAGGGAUCUCAUCGCCGAAGAACAUGUCUCUGCGCUACUGUUCCCCGAUUCCCACCAUAACACUGAUGGACAAUAGCGUCGACACGGCGUUGGACGGCUCGCUCACCACCACCUCUACUAUCAGUACGUCUGCCACGACCUCCCGGCGCCCGUUGGCCAUCAUAUUGGCCUGGAUGCUGGCCCAGGACAAGCACCUGGAGAAGUAUCGGCAGCUAUGGUUUCGCCGGGGGUUCGACGUCCUCACCGUCAAGACCUCACCCGUGGAACUACUGUUGCCGCCCAUCGGGGGCCGUGUGGUGGCCGCCAAUCUGGUCCGUUAUCUGUCGGACAUACAGCCCAAGUAUGAGGAGAUUGUGGUCCACGCCUUCUCGGUGGGCGGCUAUCAGUACGGGGAGGUGUUGCUGAAGUUGACAUCCAGUUCCAGGCACCGGGACCUGAGCUCGGCGUUCAAAGGCAUUAUCAUUGACUCCAUGGUUCACGCAGAGGACUGCGCGCCCGGGCUGUCGAGGGCUGUCACCACUAACCCCAUUGUACAGCCAUUGCUUGAGGCGGCCAUCAAGGGCUGGGUAACGCUCACCCGCCCGGUGUCGAUGGAUAACUACCGGCGCUCGUCUGACCAGAUCUUCGCCAACCCAUUGAGAUUACCCGGUCUGUUAUUGUAUUCAUGCGAUGAUGUGGUGAGCGAACGGACCCGUAAUGAGCGACUGUCCGACUCGUGGCGAUCGCAGGGCAUACCCGUGCAGACCAAGUGCUGGCAACAGUCCACUCAUGUGCUCCACUAUCGCGACCAUCAGUGCGAAUACGAGGAACAGUUGGAUCAAUAUCUUCGCAAAUUGAGGCUUAAGUCGGGAAACAUAUGAAACCAAUCAGUGUUUUGUUUGAAGCGAUGUUUUUAAUAUACGAAAAGUUUUUGCUUACAUUUGUUUUAAAAGUGUUGGCUAACCCUG